AUGAAUCUCGCACACCUACUAACCGAGACGUCACUUAUUAUUUGGGAUGAAGCUCCUAUGAGUGACAGAAAAUGUUUUGAAUCAUUAGAUAGGACUCUCAAGGACCUCCUAAACAACACUACCCAACCUUUUGGCGGAAAGUCCAUACUACUUGGAGGAGACUUUAGACAAACCCUACCUGUUAAACGAAAGGCCUCUAAAGAAACCAUCUUAGCCUCAUCAUUGCCCAGAUCAUAUCUGUGGAGUAAAUUCAAGAUCCUUAAACUAACCGAAAACAUGCGUUUGCGCAAACCAGAUUUACAACCAGAAGAGAUAAUUGAACUUUCAAGAUUCUCUUCUUGGUUACUAGCUAUCGGAGAUGGCAUCCUAGGAACACCUCACAAAGAUGAACCGAAAAACACCAAAACGAUUAAAAUUCCGUGCAAUUACAUGAUACCUUUCCAUGAAAAUGCAAUCAUCAACCUAAUUCAUUUUAUAUAUGACACCAACACUUUACAAAAUCCACCUGCUAUUACUCUAUCUGAAAAAGCAAUAGACUGUCCUAAGAAUGAAACAGCGGAGGAAAUCAACAAGAAAGUACUCAAUAUGGCUCCUGGAAAGACCACAACUUACCUUAGUACAGACUUAAUUGUUCCUCACACUGGCGAUCAAGGAGAUACUGAAGUGCUCUAUCCAACAGAAUAUCUCAACACCCUUACCUUUAAUGCAAUACCGCCGCACCAACUAGAACUUAAAGUUAACACACCUAUCAUAUUGUUACGCAACCUAAAUCAAAGUGAAGGCUUAUGCAAUGGAACCAGACUCAUUGUAACACAAAUGCUACACAAAUGCUGCCAAGAAUUAUCGAAGCAGAAGUCAUGA